CUGGACAACAUCCGUCAAAAGCAAAGAGGAUUUGGAUGAGUCGACGUCUCGAGUUCUGUUGUGCCGGUUGUUCACUCCGGUGGAUAGUUACACGCGCAGUGUAGAUGAGUAGGCGCGACAGGGUGAGUAACACACAACGAAUGAGAUUGACCAGGAGGCAAAAUUACCUUCGCUCGUGUACCGAUUCAAAAUCUGCCAACGCACAGAAGAGAGAUGCGAUAGAUGAGAGUAACCAUGCGUCGACAUGAACCAAUGGAAAUUUUGCUUUUCGUAUCGAUACGCGCAGCGAAUACAGCGCGCCAAAUUUCCUCUCCCUCCAGCUCCCAUCAACAGCCGCCACACACCGAGAAUAAUGGCAGCAGCACCGGUGCAAACGCCUAUCAACCACUGCGACAUGCUAAACUUGAUCGCAGCGCCCCGCUCUCCUGUUCGAUUCGUGUCUCCGUCUCGCAGAUCUUCAGGUUCCGACUAUCGGCCUCCUCACGGAUUCGACACUUUACGAGGUUGAUAUCGACCCGGACGCUGGCCUGUGUACGCGGGACCUCGUCGCGGAGACGGUUGUUCGGUUUCGCCAGAUCAUUGAUCAAGCGCUCGCGGCGGGCGCGCGUGAGGCUGCUCUCGGUCGGAUCGGCGCUGAGCAUGUGCAAAGGGCAAGACGUGCGACAGUCGAGAGAUUUGUCGUGUCAAGUAUCUCGAUCGUGAGGACAGAAAAAUGACCGGUCACGACAAACCCAUGUUUCCACUCCGAUGAGCUAGCGAAACCCACCUUUUCUGCACCACCAAGGAGGCGACUAUGGCUCUUUACAACUGAGUAACGAUAGGCUUCUUCCGUGGCGACGGGCGGCCUCUCGACCUCGUGAUGAACAAAUCUGGUACGCCGUUGAUUUAAUGAUGUAAUAAGCGGAUGUCUCUACCAUCCUACCACUAUCUGCCAGCACUCCUCACGA